GCGAGUGUGUGUAUGUGUGUGGCCAUUUUGCUACCACCACCCUUUGUUUACUACCCAGAGCAGAGAGUCUGACGGUAGUCGCGUUUAUGCACUGCGCCGGCGGGUUAAAGCGGUUGGCUAUAGGGAGGAAAGGGCCAAAGAUGGAUGCGUGUUGGGUUGGGUGGAAACGAACGAGCAGCCGAACCCGAACCCGAGCCCGAGCAGGGACAUGGUUGGAGGUCGUGGUUUAGGGGGAAAAGAACCCUAGGAACACACUAGCCCCAAACGCAUUCCACAGCAUAAGAGAGGAGAAGGAUAUGUGGAUGUGGGGUGGAUUUCAUCCCCGUUCGUGCGCUUCUUCGCUUCGGACUUUUCCAGCCAACGAACCAACCGACCAAACAAGCAGUGCAUCAUCGGUCCCAGGCACGUACCGCAGCCGCCGCCGCCGACGCCGCCGCCGACGCCGCCGCCGUCGACGGCAGUAGUGAAAGCGGGUGUGCUUUUCCGAGUAUAUGCAGUUCGGGUUUUCCGGUGCAUACGAACGCGCAAAUAGUAGUACGGCCGUAGACAAAUGGCAACCCGAGUCAAUAGUUGGCAGUGCACUAGCGAGCGCCAGACUAGACGGGCCAGAAUAUAACAGACGAACGCUAGUGUGGCAAACCGUCGCGAGUUCCCCUUUACCAGCUCGCCCCUCCUGUGUCGUGUCGGUCCAGUCCAGUGUGCUAACCGAGAACGAAAGCUGGGGAGCCGUUGUGGAAGUGUUGUUUCUUUUUUCGCUCCCUUUUUUCGGUUUGGUUGGCCCGGGACCUUGGGUAGACUGGACUGGAAUAGUAGUAGCCGCGUGCCAAUAAGCGAACCACUCAUCCAUUUUGUUUUGGAGAGAGAUAUAGUAUAGUAUAUUUUAUUUGCAACAUAUAAAAAAGGGACAAGAAUACUCGUUGUGGACGGUGGUGCAGUGAAGUGUUUAAUGGUUUAAUGGUGACAAAAAGGCAGGAAGCGCCAUGAGUGAAACGGUAAUCAUUUCGAAAACAAGCCCCAGACAGCGGUCUCAACCGAGGGAACCGACGACGACGACGAAGACGACAACGGCGACCGCCGCUACCGAGCCGGGCCGGUUGGAGAAAAUCGGCAGCAAAAGUAAGGGCACCGCAGCCGCCUCGCUGGUGAUGGUGAAGGAGCUGGUGCACCGGGACAGUAGCCGGCUGGUGAAGGAUCUGAUGGCGCUGUUGGCCAUCCGGGAAGCGACCAAGGAAGCACAAUCAAACGACGGCGGUGAGCAGCAGGCUAGGGAGGAAGCUUUGCUGCACAAAAACCGGCCGGGCGGCGGCGAUACGACGGUGGUAACGAUACCGACGUACCACCACCCCGACCCAGACCAAGCGGCGCACGGUGGGACCAGGAAGGGGCCGGCGACGGCGACGACGGCUGCAGUUGCAUCACUGCUGCUGCAUCACACGGCAACGCAAGAGUUUGCGUCGUUAGCCGGGGAAAUUAUAGCGAUUGCCGACGAUACGCCGACUACGGUGACCAGUAACGACGAAGGCAGCAGUAGCGGCAACGACGACGACCGCGACGAUGAAUUGAUGCUGCACGCAGACGCAGCAGCUGCACCGGAACUGCACACGAACGAAAAAUCCACCGACGAGCGGGAGGGAUUGCCCGCGAAGCGAAAAGACCGGCCGUCCGUUCGGAAUGCGGAAGCGGAGGCAAGGGAGGGCUUGGUCGGCGGCCGCCGGUACGACGCAAAGUGCCAGGAUGAGGAGAAGCAACGGGCAAAGACUGAACGGGCGUCGGAGAUGCUGGUCGGUGGUGGUGAUGGUGAUGGUAAUCCAUCGCAACGCCCUACCGCGAGAUGUGCUCUGCUGUCUGGGCCGGUUCCGGUUUCACACCCAACCGUUGUGUGUAGUCUCGAGCGUUCCGGUACUCCCAUACCAACGUUUGCGCCUCCUCCUCCUCCUGUUGCUGCUGUCACACAUGUGGACACGACGGACCGUCCGGUAGCGCUCACGCUCGAACAGAAGCUGGACAAGCUGCUGGACAGUGUGGUGAAGAUUAAGGCCGACAUGCACCGGCGUAUCGAUCGGCUCGGGAAGCGUGUCGAGCAGAUACACCUGGACGUGCAGCUCAACAUUGACAGUACCGAUCGGUCGUUGCUGCGGAACGAUCUGCUGCUGAUCGGCAUUCCGCACCGCGAGCGAGAAGAUCUCCAGCAGUGCUUCCGUGCCGUGUGCCGUGCGCUCGAGUACACCGAGCAGGACAUACCCCAGGUCGACAUCCGGCGGCAGCGAAUCCCGGGUGGAGGAGCGAACCGUCGUGCAGUGCUGCCCCGUGCCGGGCCGAAACUCACGGACGAUCCCACCAACGGAGGUGCGGCAGGUGCCGAACCGAUCGCACCGGCCCCGAUCGUGGUGGAGUUUAUGUUUAAAACGUUGCGCGAUCAAUUCUACCGUGCGUACCAAGCGAAACGCGUCCUACGCCUGUCGGACAUUGGCUUUGCCAGUGAUCGGCGGUUCUUCGUGAACGAGGUGCUGACCAAGUACAACCAGAAGCUGAUGGCGGAAGCGGUACGGCGCAAACGGCUCGGACUGCUCCACUCGGUGUACACCGUCGAUGGGCUCGUGUAUGUGCAGCGUGUGGCCGGCGAAAAGGGCACCAAGGUGACCAGCUUCUCCAGCCUGAACUGAUGAUGUUGAUGAUGAACUGCCGGACGGUGGUGAAAGUUGGUAGAAUUUUUCAUAUCGCGCAAGAAACACACACACAGGGGUCGAAACUAACAAUAGCUAAUAGUAUGUAAAACUAACACGAAACAAGCUGCCAUUUUUUAAGGGGGACCGAGAUAUAAACCGAGAAGCGAAGCUCGAGAGCAGCGAGCGACAGUGAACCGGAAAGUGAAGAAAGCGCAACACAGAUGAUACCAGAUAACAGGAGCGUUGUAAAGUGAAGUUGUAUGAAAUUUAUUACUACGUAUUCUUCUACUCGAUUACAGAAACACACAAACAUAAUGUUGCUAAAAAGAGAGUAUUACGAUGACGUUCAACUAUAUUGCGGAUAAAACUAUAUGAAAUUUAUAUAUAUACAACCGAAGAAAGCAACCAAAAAAAAAGGAGGGAAGGAAAACGAUUCAGAAGAUGAUGUUAUUGGAUAGAGUAGAGAAAAGAACAAGAAAAGCGAGGGGGAAAGAGGAACCCAAAGAGAUAAAAAGGGAGAGGGAAAGUAGAACUAUUAGAGAGUUAUAUUUUACUGUGUAUAAUUAUUCCUUACGGAGAGGGAUACUACACUGAAAGCUAAACGAGGAUAACAAAAUGGCCGUGUACCACUCGACGAAGGUGUAAUAAGAUAUUUGUUGGAAUGAAGAAGAUUUAUUGUGGAUGUAUUGGAGCAUUAAUUAGGUUUAGUUUUAUUUAAAAAAAAAAACAAAAGGGAGAAUUAUAUGGUGGUGGAGGCCCGAAGAAAAGCAGAUGAUACUUGAAACAAGCAAAACAGGAACUGAUGAAGUUGUGAGACGCGUUCUUAGCUGUGAUGAUGAAACAGACUUUACUGUAAAAAGCUGUGCAACCGCCGUGCAGACAGAUAGGCUGGUAAAUGAAACACCACAACAACACAGAGGUGGCAAAGGUGGCAAAAUACCAGGCAUGCAAAGUUAACUUCGAACCCGAUAAGGAACGCUCAAACCGCGAAAGCAGGGACGCACAGGUGUUGGCCGGUUUACGAAUUAUAUUGCAAUUAAAAAGACUUUGAACCCUGGACGGAAAGCAAACGCUAGAGAGGGAGAGAGGAGGAAACACACAUGAAAGUAAUAUAGAAAGAAAAAGAAAACGUUGCAUUCUUUGCGAUAGGCUGUAACAGAGAAGAGUAUAUAUAUACAUAAAGCAGAAGGUAGCAGAUUAUAUUAUAGCAGAUCGAUCGGAUGAAUGGCGAUCGCACGUCGACUGGAAAACCGCGAAGCGAGCGCGUCGUCUAUUGUCUUUGUACUUGCUAAUGCUAAUCGUUGAUGUUUUCCCGCAAAACACACACACACACUUCUAUUACGAUAAUUUAGAACUAUUUUAAUGGCCCCCGCAACUCGGUCAGUAUCGCAGGGCGCCAGGCUGUUUCGAAUUUGUUUUCCACCUUUACACACACCCAUGUAUAAUAAGUACAUUUGUGCAGAUCAAUGUGUUGAUGGAUGGGGUACAAGCGGACGAAUAAUAAGGAAGGGCUUAGUAUGUUGAACUAUUAGCACGAUCCCCCCGUCAACAACAGAGCUCCAGACAGACGACGGAACAACCACUUCUCUGAGAGUGGCAGCAGCAGAGUGUUUAUUUUAUAUGCGCUAAAGAGGGGGACGCUGGAGGUGGAAGGGAAAAUAGGUGUUUUUAUAGUGUUCUGUUAUUUUGUUGAGCUAUCAUAAUUAUGUUGAUCAAGCACGCCAGAAGUACGAGAAGAAAUAGAAAGAGAAAAAGAAAUGGAAAGAGAAACCACUAUUAAAGGCUGAUUCAAAUAACACUUUAACACAAGAAGAGAAUAAUACCAUACAGAUUAGAAGAAGAAGUAGAAGAAGAAGAAAAAACCAACAAACCAGAGCUAAAAAACUAUCAACUCUUAUUCGUAUAUAUUAUAUAUUAUAUAUAUAAACGUUUCCUAGAGAGAACAAAUCGACUGAUGAAUAUGGCGACGAUGAUGAUGAUGAUGAUCCACGCUGUGCAAACAAGAUUGUUGUGUCCCUCUUUUUGUGAUGCCGAUCCAAGAGAUGUACCCGUUUGUGCAUCCUGUUUGUGUGCGGUGAAAAUUAUUUUUCCCCAACAACCCAUUUCCCCGGGACAUUUCCCUGGGAGAUUCGACGUGCGGUAGGAGUAGCGUAACCGGGAAGCGGAAUCCGGGAAAAGAAUUAAGCGAUAACAUUAGAAUCCUUCCAAAAUCAUUCACCUAGAGAAUACUUGCGAUUAGACAGAAAGAGAAAGAGCGAGAGAAUAGUGUAUUCAUCAAUAUUAUAUUAUAUAUAUAUUCUAUCAAUGCCACUAAACCUAAUCUAUCAUCAUUCAUCUAACUAGCAUACGCAUAUGCAACGCCGAACGAUCCUUUCCUUUCGAUUUAUUCAACUACCCUUAACAGAAGAGAAGAAGAAAAAAAGAACAUUGUAGAACAAACAGGCCGAAUACUCCGUUACUUGGUAGUAGCAACAAGCAUUAGAAACGAUCUAAUCUUCCUCAUAAGACACGCUCACACACACACACACAUACAUUCACAACAGUGAUCGAACAAGAAACAAUUGAAAUGAUUGUAAUAAAACUCUAUGGAACCGUUUGUGAACCAAAA